AUGGUUUUUCAAUGUUUGAGAAAAAAGGCAAAAUCAAAUGAAUAUAAUGAUAAUAAAAAACGAUCUCGUAAACUUAAUAUUCGAUUGAAUCCUUUAGAUUAUGGCAAAGGUCCUGAUUCACAACUAAAUCAUUCAGAAAAAUUUAAAGUAGAAUGUUUUUUGCCUGUUAUAGAUCAAAUGUCAUCAGCAAUAAGUCAAAGACUUAAAGCAUAUGAAGUAAUAUGUGAUCGUUUUGGAUUUUUUGGACAAUUAAAUAAUCUUAGCAACGAAGAAUUACAAGAAGCAGCUAAAAAACUUGUAGCUGUAUACGAUGACGACUUAGACUAA